CCGACACGAGAGAUGCUGAGGUGACAGCCCCGAGAAGGAGAAACAUAUCGGGAACGUUUUUGAUUUUUAUUAUUUUUUUGUUUCCCGGCGCCGAGGCCGCGAUCGGAUCCCGCGGCCGUCGUGCAACCGCACCCGGCCGUCUUUUGUUUAUCCUGUUUUUUUCUUUCCUUCCUCGGAUCGAGGCGAGGGUUGUGUCACAGGUUCCAGAUGGUGGACGCCGGUCUGACACCGUGACUCGGGCGGUCCGCGUCUUCAGCCGGCAUGAGCGGGGGGACGGAGCAGGCCGACAUCCUCAGCGUGCUCUCGCUGGUGAAGGAACGAUGGAAAGUGGUGAAGAAGAUCGGGGGCGGAGGUUUCGGGGAGAUCUACGAGGCGCUGGACCUGCUGACCCGGGUCAGCGUGGCGCUCAAGGUGGAGUCGGCGCAGCAGCCCAAGCAGGUCCUCAAGAUGGAGGUGGCCGUGCUCAAGAAGCUGCAGGGGAAGGACCACGUGUGCCGCUUCGUGGGAUGCGGCCGCAACGACCGCUUCAACUACGUCGUGAUGGAGCUCCAGGGUCGUAACCUGGCCGACCUGAGGAGGAGCAUGACCCGGGGGACGUUCAGCAUCAGCUCCACCCUGCGUCUGGGCCGCCAGAUCCUGGAGGCCAUCGAGAGCAUUCACUCCGUGGGCUUCCUGCAUCGGGACAUCAAACCGUCCAACUUCGCUAUGGGCCGCUUCCCCAGCACCUGCCGCACGUGCUACAUGCUGGACUUCGGCUUAGCCCGCCAGUUCACCAACUCGUGCCAAGAGGUCCGACCGCCCCGCCCGGUGGCAGGAUUCCGGGGGACGGUGCGUUACGCGUCCGUCAACGCGCACAAAAACAAGGAAAUGGGUCGGCAUGACGACCUGUGGUCCCUGUUCUACAUGCUGGUGGAGUUCCUCGUGGGCCAGUUGCCGUGGAGGAAGAUCAAGGACAAAGAGCACGUGGGCAAAUUAAAGGAUACGUACGACCACCGUUUGAUGCUCAAACACCUGCCGGCGGAAUUCGCCGUCUUCCUGGAGCACAUCUCGAGUCUGGACUACUUCGCCAAGCCCGACUACCAGCUGUUGAUGUCGGUGUUCGACAGCAGCAUGAAAACGUACAACGUGGUGGAGAACGACCCUUACGACUGGGAGAGGACGGGCACGGACGGCACCCUGGUGAUCAGCGCCAGCGCCACCACGCCGCAGCACCACACCCGCCUCACGCCCGCGCACAUGGGCAUGGCCAACGCCUCCCUGAUUCCGGGCGACUUGAUGCGCGAGAACACCGAGGAGGUUUUGCAAGACGAGCGGCUCAGCGACGCCGACAACAACGUGGCGGCGCCCGAACGCGCGGCCGGUUCCCCGGGCCACCCGCCGCGGACGCAGGAGGCCGACGUGUGGGAGGAGCUGGACCGCAACCGCAACCGGGUCCGCACGGCCUUGUGGAAGGCCGCUGCCGAGGAGGAGCAAGGCAACCCCCAAGGCCACCAAGGCCACCAAGGCCACCCAGGCCCCUACGGGUGCCCCAGCCUGGGUUCUCCCGUCAAGAUGUCUUCGGAGGAGCGCGAGGGCCCUCUGCUCAGGAAGCUGCGCAACAUCCACAGCUUCGAGCUGGAAAAGAGACUGGGCCUGGAGUCCAAACCCAAUCCAGAACGCUUCCUCGAGGCCUGUCCCACAAAGCAGAUCCACAGCAGCACCCAGCAGCAGCAGCAACAACAACAAGAGGCUGAGGACGGAGCCGAGGGGGCCGCCAUCAUCCCAGUAAACCAGGCUCCAGUGCACCCCACCGGAGAGCGUCGCGAGCGGGUUUGGCACUACGACGAAGAGUUCCUUUCUGGCGGCGGCGGGGGUUCUCCCAAAGCGCCGUCCCCCGCCUCUCCGGAUCACGGCGACGGGGCGGCCAGCAGCGGCGGCUUCGUGGCCCUCAACCUCAGCUCGGGCCGGCACGACGUGGACUCGCGGGACUGGGUUCUCGUAGAGCGGCCCGGGACCAAGGCCAGCUCCGGCCCUUCCGAAGAAGACGAAGAGGAGAAGGAGGAUGAAGAGGAGGCGGAGGUCCUGCAAGAACCCGGGUGCGACCGGGACGUGCCGAGCCCCGGUUCCGGGAAGGCGAAGCAGGACAGCUUGGCUUCCUCGAAGGGGAGCACGAAAGCCGACAAGCUGGAGCUCAGCGUGGGGCCCGCCGAGGCCCUGCCGCCCGUCACCCCCACCAGCCCCGCCGAAGUUCUGACCGAGGGGGUCCUCACCCAGCACCCCACCUCUCCUCCGUCCCCGCCCGAGGAGGAGGCGGCCGCCCGGACCCCCGGCCCCGUCCCUCUGCGCUCCCCCAGCCCUUACGCCCUCCUCAGCACCCUGUCGGACCCCGUCCACCUGCGCCACCCGCCGGCCGUGAGGCGUAGCCAGUCCGCCGACCAGCACCGGGACCGCCCGCCGUCUUCCUCCUCCCGCCACGCUUCCCUGCCGCUUCCGCCGGGACCCUCGCCCAGUCGUAGGAAACUGCCCGCCAUACCGGCCGGCGCCGCCAAGGCCAACUUCCCCUCCGUUAUCCGUAUAACCAGGGCCCAACUGCAGCAGUUGACGGCUCAGCGUCCGUCCGGGCUGUCCUCGUCGUCCGGGUCGCCGGAGGAUCGCGACGGAGCCAAAGCGGAGCCCGCCGCGGGCUCCCCUGGGACGCCCGUAGACCCGCCGCCGGUCAACGGGGACGCCCCGAGUCCGGCGCCGAGCCGCCGAAGUAGCUCCCCCCAGUCGCCUCGUAGCCCUUCUUUGACCAACGGACACCAAUCGCCGAGCCCUCCCUGCGUUGAGAAAGGCGGCCGAGCUUCCCCCUCCGCCCCCCGCCCCCGGCAGAGUCGGAUCCCCGUGCUGGAACCGCCGCCCCCAGGCUCCGCCAAAGAGAAGCUCCUGCUGAAGAAAGCCAGCAAUCAGCCUCCGCCGCCGUCCCCCUCCGCCUCGCCGUCCCUGUCCGACCGCCGCGCCCCCGCAGCCGUUGCCUCCCUCGCCAGGGACCCGCCGUCGUCCGCCUCGGACCGUUCCCAGGAGGAGGACUCGCUCGUGGGCUCGCGCUCGGACCGCCAGGGGGACGCCUCCUUGUCGUCGUCCUCCAGCCCCCUGUCCCGCCGCAGCAGGAUCCCUCGGCCCGUCCACUCGGCCUCGUCCGCCGAGCGGCUGACCGCCCAGUUCCUGCCCCGCCCGCCUCCCGGGAAGCCGCCGUGCCGCAGCACGGUGGAGGGCAGGAUCCGCCGCUACCGCAUCCGAGCGGGCAGCACCAGCGACUCAGACCUCCUGACCUGCCUGGCUCAGCUGAUGCACGGAGCCCGCGGCGCUCCGGCCGCCCACCGCCGCCCGUCCAUUCCCUACACCGGUUCCCGGACGACCGGCGUCAGCAGCCCGACCGGCUCGCCGCACCACGUCCGCAGCUCCAGCGCCUCGCCUCGCAGCUCGUCCUCGCUGCAGCGCUCCGUCAGCUCCUCGCCGUCCCGCCAGGAGCACCGCGGCGGCUCCGGGGGAGGCGGGGGCUGCCUGGGCCGCAGCCGCUCGCCGCCCAGCUUUUCCGGAUCGCCUCCGCCCCGCCGCCUCUACCACCACCACCACCACCAGGAAACCUGCUGCGGCCGGCAGGCCCGCACCGCCGCCUUCCACCUGUCCAGGGGUAAAGGGUGCAGUCGGGAGGGGAAGUGCUCCAGCAAGCUGGCCAGAUAGUUGCCCGCAAGGCGGACGAAAAACUGUUUUCCCGAUCUAUCCUAGUCUUUCCGAACCUCCUAACCGCCCUCUUUUCCUGUAACCUUUUCUAAUAUUUAUCUUACCGUCUCGGAUAACAAAAAUAGAGCAGCUGCAAUUUUAUUUCCUGUCCGAGGAUCAGUAGUUGGUACUGUAGCGUAGUCGUUCCCAACCCGUAUCGAGCCAAGGCACAUAUUUUACACGGGGAAAUUGCACACAAAAUUAAUCUACGCUCUGUUGCGGUUCACACAUAAAUAAAUAAAUACACACAAUCAAAUGAUUCAGUAAUUCAAAUAUUGCAUCAAACUCAUCUUACAAUUACUAUUAAAAACGGAUUACGGAUUUGAAUCAGAAACAAAAUGCACCGAAAGUGCGUAUGCGUGUCAAUAUGAUGAAGAACUCCCGCUAACAACCCAGGCUAAAGUGAGCUCUCCUCCGAUAUCCUCAGCUGGAAUCUCGUGCCAUCUGAAGCGCGAAAAACACGCAAAUCGGUGACUUAGUGUGAAAUCCGCGACACAAAACUGAUCUGCUGAUAGGAAACGAUGACUUUUCCAGUUGUAGGAAUGGCAACGUAGAUAAACAUCGUCACGGAAGAGCGUUUCCGCCCGUCACGACACGUCGAUGGGACCGAUAGCGGGACAAAGAAACAUUAUUUGUAGUAAAGAAUCAUUUUCCGACCAAGUAAAUGAAAAUGGAUCGUUCGUGGUUGGGAAUCGCUGUGGCGAGUCGCUUCUCUCGUUUAUUCAUCUCGCAUCCACAGUGCGGUAUAUAGUCAAUUAUUUAUCACGCGUAUUAAUGCGCUCGAUUUUCAUAUUGAGACUGUUUGAGUACAGCCAGGCUGUUUUUUUUUUUGUGUGUUUUUUUUUGUUGUUUUUUUUUUCGACCGAGCCGUGCCGCAGCGUACAGACGUAUUCAUCGGGGAUACAAAUUUUGACGCUCCGCAUUGCUUAAAACAAGUUUCCUGUUUUUGCGCGUAUGGAAAUAAAUUGUUCCGAAGAUACAAUCAGUCGUUUCGAGCGCGUGGAAACACACCAACCUUCCUGUGCCUACCGUCGUCGCUUGUACCUGGGGGCGGCCCGUCCGGGCCGGGAUUCAUCCGCCGUUUUGCGCGGACUUCGGAGCGAGUAACAGAAGCCCCUUUCGCAUUUUUGCGUGCCGCCCUUCCGUACAAAUGGAGAAUUUGUUGACUCAGCUCUGAAGGCCUACUAGUAGUAACAAGCUGCUUUCACGCGAUUUGUAAGCGGUACCAGAGCCGUGUCAGAAGCAGGAAGGCUCUCGGUGGAAUUCCAGAAAAUGCCCGGAUGAAAAGUGGGAAAUUUAACAGCCAACAUUCGUUCCUCCCAGAAUGUUGCGUUGAAAGCAGUUGUCACGAUCCGACACUUACUUUACGCCCCGCGCCAAAUGCCGGGUCCAGCGUGAAAGGCGAAGGCGAAUAAAUGCGGAUUAAAUACGAUGGACCUUUCCGACUGGCGAUCUUAAGAUCCGCCCCCUUAGCCAUGUCCCACUAGCUUUCAAAAUGGCGACUGAACAGAACAGGUUUGAAGUUUUUUGCCAAAUCGUCAGACUCGGCCGAGAGAGUUCUACAGAGAGGUCUCGAAUAUUUCACCCAAGGAUAUGUACACGGAAAUAAGAUUUUGGACGGAGCAGGACAGCGAAAUGUUGGCGAUCGAUGCAAAAAAAAAAAAAAAAAAGGUUUGACGCCUCACAAACUUCAUAUUGAAAUCCAACAGGAGAAAAUGGUGGAAUCGUACUGCGCGUGUAAAGCAGGGUGAGUACUUUUUACUUGGAAAGAUCACGAGUAAUAUCUUUGUAGUCUUCAGAAGUGAGUGGGUGGAUUCAUUUGACUUGGCUCGUAAUGGAACCCAGUCCUCGGUCUUAAAAGUCCGAUGUGAUCCAAAUGGGCAAGUAGACAUGUCUCUCACAUGACAUCGUGUAUUUACGUAUUACGAACCCGACUCUUCGGCAUAAAACAUUCCACACUUCAUUCGGCAGGUCAGUGAUACACUAACAAAGUGAAAGUUGUUCUCCUUCACUGAUAAUAAUUCAAUCAAACUCAGAGAAAUAUACUUCUCGUUCACUUACCUUCGAACAUACAGCCUCGCGUUUGUUGAUAUUGUCCACAUUUAGUUGUACGUGCGCUCGUCCGCGAGCCUUAAUCCACCGUAGACACUUCGUCAACUGUGUUUUAGCCUUUGGAAAAUGAAUCAACCGGGCAGGAUAUCUUUCAUCAGAAUUGCACGUUCCCCAAGCGCAUCUGAGGACCAUUUUUUUCGUAACGUUAACUUUUCCAAGCGCCCGCUACUGACAACCGCCAUUGCUUGUGGGACAAUACGGCGAGAGGGGGCGUGUCAAGCCAGGCAUUGGCUAUUGUUGUACGAGUGAUUGACAGGUCGGAAAAGUCCGUUGCGUUACAAGUGUGCAGGAGCUUUGUGUGAAAGAGGCUUGUGUCGCUAACGAACGGGAACUGAAUUCACCGACUUCUUAGUCGUUGUAAUUGAUCAGCGUAGUCGACGCGAAGAAAACUGCUGAUGAAAGAGUUCAUUUUCCCUACCGCUGGCACAAAUUCCGUACUUUUUGGCCAGCAGAAUGCAAUGACACACUUUAGCAACGCUCAUUUCAACACCUAACCCCAAUUAUAAGCACUCGACUGGGGAGCGGGGGGGGGGGGUGCACUUUUUAAUUCCGGCGCUGAAGCUUCUUCUCCGCUUGUACGAUAAACAGCUUCUUCGCCCCCGCCGCGUGAAUUAAUUCCCGCAUGCUGAGUCCACGACUGAAGCGAAAUAAGCUGCAUCUUCUUUACCUCACUGUGACCGACACGUUGAAAAGUUUAUCGCGCAAACGUCAUCGUGAUGAGCAGUCUUAACAUUCUGUGCCCUGGUUCUCUUCCGGGACAUUUAGGAGGAUUUCUUGGAAAAAAUGAAACGUGAGUGACAUAUUUGGAGGCUACCUGACCCUGGCUUGAAUCAGUGAUGACAUCAUUUUGGCUUUUGGUGGGAGAAUCGGAGCGCCAGUGCUGUUUUUUUGUUUUUUUUUUGCACAAUUUCAUACUAAAUUAUAGUGAGCGCAUGUUGCCAGGGUGACGCUAGCCGCGGUUUCCACUGUGCCGUAGCGCCUCGGCCGGUUUUCCACUAUCAGUGUAAAGUCCGAAAAACCGGGGCUCAUUGGAAGCAUCGCGCAGAUGGAGACGAAUUGACAAAUGUCAUGGCAUAUCAUUAUCCAAGCUGCUUAUCCUCACAAGGGUUGCGGGAAAGCUGGAGCCUAUCCCAGCUAGCUUUGGACUUGAGGCGGACUCCGCCCUGAACCGGUCGCCAGUCAGUCACAGGGCAGGAUAUCGACACCAUCGCUGAACGGGAAUCGAUCCCGCGCUGCCUGCGCCAAAUUCAGACCAGGGGUGUCAAACUCAAAUUCACAGAGGGACAAAAUUUUAAAUUGAAUAAAGCCGCAGGCCAAGUUUGAACAAAUGAACCUAUAACCUGUAAUACCGGCGGGCCAGCUCUAAUAUUCAUUUUAAAUUGCCUCGCGGGCCAAAUUUGGCCCACGGGCCAGAGUUUGACAUCUUUGCACUACACCAUCAGUAACAAAUUUACAAAUAUCUCAUUGAAAAUAGAUUUUUUUUUUUGGGGGGGGGGGGGGUUUGAUUUUUGGAUCUUCCUGAUCCACGUAUCCAGACUUGUUUCUUUUAGCGACUUAAAAAAUAUGACUGAUUUGAUGAAAAUCAAACCUUUUGAAAAGUGCAAUUGAUUACAACACAGGAGAAUAAUAUGGUCUCCUGUCAUUUUAUUUGAGGUUUUACCACUUUUUCUUUGUGUCGCGGCCAGGGAUGGUUUAUUUACUGAACUUCCGAUGGGAGGGCAGCCAUUAUCGGGUCUGUUGGUGCUGCUGUUUUUGCAAGCAAUAGCAUUGGAAUAUCGACUUUGUAGUUAACGGUUGAGACAAUUACAGUGAUGGUACUUCAUUUUAACGAUGUGAAAGGAUCCGUAUUAUUGAAAGCGGCCGUUUCUUUGCUUUGCUGCUGCUGUUUUGGUGAGCGAAGCCAUAAAAGCGAUGUCUGGUGAAAUACUAAAACUAUUUUCAUCGGAACGGAGCGAGGCAGACUGUGGAUUGCACUCCACCAAGCGAUGCGUGUGUUCGAUUCGAUGUUAUAAUGACUAAUCGGUUUGGACGCUUGCACGACAAAUAGUACCUUGUUUUUGUGGCGGGAAGCAGCCAAAAAGCGAAUGGAGCGAAGUAGGUACUGUACGAUGAAAAAGGGGCAUACUGUAUUUUCCUGCACUGAUUUUUUUUUUAAAUAAUGGGCUGCAUUCCCCACAUAAUCCCCUUUUUCUUUCCGUUCACUCCUGAACAACUUGUGUGGUUUUUGUCCCCCUCUUGACUUCCUUCAAAUAGCCUGUGCAGACGGAUUACGUUGCCAAAUAUUUUGAUACGACUUUUGCUCCGAAAGGUCACGGGAGCGCGCGGCGCUGCUCGUAGGCCGCUUUUUUUUUUCCGGCAGUCGGCUUUCUGAGAUGCAAAAAGAUCCUUUUUGGCUUUGUAAAAUAAUCUCCGAUACAUUUUAAACGGGCUUCAGACGAGGCGAGCUUGAAGUAACACUGAAACCGCUUCUUUGAAAAAGAUAAUCACGUUUUUAUGUUAUUAGCGUACACACGUGGCGUGGCGUGCAGUCGUAGCGUUAGCGCAUUUUUGUUUGUCGGAUUAGAAAGGGGUUUUUGAACUAUUAAGAAAUACUUGACGUUUUAUUUAUUUUUUUCGUGACAUUUUGAUGAUGAUGGACAUGGUAUUUAUUUUUUAUUAAUGAUUGCGUAUGUGUGUAUUUUAAUCCAUAAAAGUCUCCAUGGGAAGGAAUGUACCAUUUUUUGCAUUGUAUAUAAUUGUAAUUAUUUAUGUUGAUUUUAUUUGUAACAGAUCAAUGCCUUGUACAGUGAUCUUUCUUUUUAUUUUGUUUUUCUUCCUUUUGAAAUUAUUUUGUAUUUUAUUUUUAUAAACCGGUUAUGAAUAAAAUACUCAUU